GGCAAUCGCACAAUUCGGUAUGCACGAACGAAAAUUGUAGAUUUUCCUCAGUUGUAUUUUGUGAAACGCCGGUAAUAGAGGGGUUCGCGCAUUCGCGUCGUUUUUGUGUGUUAAAACGAAGUAUGUUUUUAUAAGUAUUAUUAACAAGAAUACAAAUUAAAUGUAGGCAUCAUAUUUAAUAAAAAAUUUAAUUAAAAUUAAUCAAACAUAUGAAGAAACUCGAAACAAAAAUAUUAACGGCAAAUUAAAUUAAAUUAAUAUUAAACGAAUUAUUAUUCAUUGCAAAUACAUAUAAAUAUGUGUGUGACUGCAACACAGCGCCGGUAAAAUAGUUUUCCUCAAAAUAUUAAUGCAGAAAAAAAGAUCCGAGAGGUGAAUGAAACCAAAAUAAAAUAUUAAAUAAAGUGUUGAAAGUGUUUUUGAAAAAAAAAAUAGUGAACUUUUUUAUUUGUCAGUUUGUGAUAUUCAACAACAACAAUUCAAUAUGAGUGGCUAUUAUAUUAAGCAACCGCCACUCGCAUCCAGCCUCACAGCGCUGUCAGAUCAACAUUAUAAAAGUGCCAAUAAUUUAAAAACAGCAACAAAAUGCAACUCUGCAUUACUACGACUUUUUUCAUUAAUAAGUUUAGUGCUGCUAGUUUGCUGCAUCUUUUCACACAUUCCACAAAGCGACGCCUUCAAUCUGGAGAAUCGUUUGCCAAUAGUUAAGUAUGGACCACAUGCGAAUUCAUAUUUUGGCUAUUCCAUUGCAACACAUACGGUGGGCGAAUACAAUUGGCCGAAUAACACAAAAUGGCUAUUAGUUGGUGCUCCUUUAGAUAAAAAUCUUCAGCCUGGUACAAAUCAAACCGGCGCGCUGUAUCGUUGCCCGAUUACGCAAACACUCAAUGACUGUGAACAGAUUAUUACCGAUGGACGAAGAUCGUACGAUAGCGACGAUAUUGAAGAGCUGCAGGAGCCAUCGGACGAUGAGAUCAAAGAGGGUCAAUGGCUCGGCGUUACGGUGCGAUCGCAAGGACUCGGCGGCAGGGCACUUGUGUGCGCGCAUCGUUACGUCACCAAAAUGAUGGAGAAUCGCUUUGGCCAAGGGCUCUGUUAUGUAUUGACCAACGAAUUGACUUACGAUGAAGUGUAUGAACCGUGUAAAGGCCGCACCGUACAGAGAGAGCAUGAAGAUUACGGCUUUUGUCAGGUGGGCACUUCAGGCGCGCUGUUGGAUGACAACACCAUGGUGCUGGGCUCACCAGGACCCUUUACGUGGCGCGGCACUGUGUUUGUUACGGAAAUUGGCGGCGAAUAUCUGGAACGCGAUAAGACAAUGUACUAUGGUGAUCAUUUGGAAAAUACAUCACCGGUGGACAAGUACAGUUACUUGGGCAUGGCUGUCACUGGUGGACGUUACUUUGGGGAUCGUAUGUCUUAUGCCGCUGGAGCGCCCCGUUCCAAUGGACACGGUCAAGUGAUAAUCUUUAACAAAGCUAAUACCAAUCCCAUACCCGUUAAAAUGAUACUCGAAGGAGAACAAUUCGGAUCGAGCUUUGGUUAUGAACUGACCACUGCCGAUAUUAAUGGCGAUCAGAAACCGGAUCUCAUCAUUGCCGCACCAUUCUAUUUUAAUAAAAAGGAAGGUGGCGCAGUUUAUAUAUAUCAAAACGAUAAAGAUAUGCUGCCAGAGCAACCGACGCUGAAACUGACCGGGACUAUGGAAAGUCACUUUGGACUAGCGCUCGCCAACAUCGGUGAUAUCAACAAGGAUAGCUGUGAGGACUUGGCUGUGGGAGCACCCUACGAAGGUGAUGGUGUGGUAUAUAUCUAUUUAGGAUCACGUAGUGGUUUGGUUAGUAAGCCUGCGCAACGCAUACAAGCGUCAGAUCUGGGUUUAUUGCCGCAUCCACUGCAUACAUUCGGCAGUUCAAUAAGUGGUGGCACCGAUUUGGACGGUAACUCAUACCCAGAUAUAGCUGUUGGCGCCUACAACUCCUCGGCAGUGGUUAUGCUACUCUCACGACCCAUCAUCAAUAUAGAAACUACGACACGGAGCAAUGAAUUACGGAAUAUUGAUCCGGCAAAACCGGGCUGCUUACAUGAUGCCUCAACAAACCUCACGUGUUUCACGUUUGAAGCCUGCUGUUCCAUUGAACCUUAUGAACCGUCGUCGGCAAAUAAGGAUUUGCGUCUAUUGUACACAGUCGAAGCAGAAACCUUUGCUGGGAAUAAGAAAUUCUCGCGUGUAUUUUUCGAUCGCGAAAUUAAGCACAGCAAUGUGGUGAAACGCGAAGUUACCGUGCGUACCAAUGGACGACAAACUUGUCAGCAAGUCACCGGGUAUAUCAAAGAGAAUACCAAAGAUAUACAGAGUCCGAUUAAGUUUCGCUUGAAUUAUACAAUUGUGGAACCGCGGUUACCACGUUCCGGUUUGGAACUAUUAAAUCCAAUUUUAGAUCAAACACAGGCUUUCGCUGAAUUCGAAGGUACAUUCCAAAAGGAUUGCGGUGAUGAUGAUAUAUGUGAGAGUAAUCUUAUAUUGAAUGCAGAAUUGGAUUUGAACAUGGAAAAUGACAAUUAUGCUUUGAUAUUAGGCGAGAAGAAUGAGACGCGUGUCAAUGUAAACGUAUUGAAUAAGGCGGAUUCGGCAUAUGAGACACAAUUGUUUGUUGUGCAUCAAAAAAGUGUCUCAUACAUUGCCGCUUCGCGUACGAACUCGGUAACCUGCAAUCGUUUCAACGACACCGUAGUUGCCUGUAGCCUUGGCAACCCGAUGAAGCGCAAUACGGCUCUUUACGUCUCACUGCGUUUCGACCCCAGCGGUUUGGAGAAUGAUGAGCGUAAGUUAAGUUUUCACGUCUUUGUCAAUACGACGUCGCGACAUGUUGGCGAUGAGAAGCCCGAUAAAGAGUUAGAAGUGCGGGUGGUGAAACGUGCUAAACUAAGCCUUAAUGGUUUGGAAAAACCCGAACAGAGCUUCUACAGUGGCGAGGUGAAGAAAGACAGCAAGGUUAUGCAAAUGGAAGAUAUUGGCUCGCCAGUGAUGCACACUUACACGAUAUUUAACGAAGGGCCCUGGAAGGCACCGAAGGUCGUGCUCACUAUCUACUGGCCACAUCAGUUGACCAGUGAAAAGAGUAAAAAGGACAAGUGGUUACUCUACCUAGAGGCUAUGCCAAUUGUAGAGAAUGCCGAACUCAGCGAAUGUUUCGUAGCACCCGAGCAUAUUAACCCACUCAAACUCACAGCGAAAACGAAAUCAAACGAUUUAUUAAGCACACUGCAAAUGGCACCGGCAGCCUAUAUGAUGCGUCCCACCGAUAAGACACAAUACUUUAGCCGUUACAGCACGUACAGUGAGAAGAGUGUCUACAAAAAGCAAAAGCCAACACAACGACCGGGUCCACAUGACGAGGACGAUGAUGACGAAGAAGGACGGUAUUUAAAUCGUGUGCGCCGAAACACAUUCGAACGCAUUAUACGACCCGAACGUUUCAUGGACAACGGUGGUGAGCACACAAAUCGCAAACGUGACAUAGUCGAGUUGGAUUGCAAUAAGGCGACGGCGUCUUGCGUUAAAAUCCAAUGUGAAAUUUACAAUAUUGAAGCGCUCACCGAGGCGUACGUGCAUAUACGUGCGCGUCUGUGGAAUUCCACGCUCGUAUCCGAGUAUCCACGCGCCGAUUUAGUGCGAAUUAUGUCGAGAGCGACAGUUAAAAUACCGCUCGAAUAUUCAGUGGAGCAUACGGAAGAGAAUUACCUGCUGGAGACACGCGCCUAUCCUGAACUGCUCGACCAGCAGAGAGAGCAGCCGACAUCUAUAUGGGUUUACAUUGUCGCCAUUAUCUGUGGACUGAUCGUCUUGGCUGUGGUCGUACUUAUACUCUGGCAUAUCGGUUUCUUCAAGCGUCGACGACCCGAUCCAACGCUAAGCGGCAAUCUGGUGAAGAGCGAGGAGAAACCAUUCUUGAAUGACGCAACGAGUAAUGGUCGUGGCUUCUAACAAGAGGGGACAGUCGGGUGGGAUAUCGCGCAGCGGGCGCCUCCUAAAGUACAACAAACAUGCUGUCUAACACUAAAGCAUCGCGUCGAACCAGCUGUGAUCUUCAAUACCGAAACUGCCAACAAUAACAACAACGCUUACUACAACAACAACAAUAACAAUAACAAAAACUAUAACACAAGUGGUUAUGGUAGUGCCAGCUAUAAGUCUGCUUGGAGCAAUACUGGGCAAACGGAUGUGGCAGUCAUCGAUUGGGGUUCGCAUUGGUAGUAUGGAUACGUGUGCUUGAGUUAGUGUUAUGGGCGUGGCAUGCCGUUAGUUGGGUGGCAAAACGUUAUGUGUCGUCUUAUAACAUAUUAUUAUAUUAUAUAAUUUUUUCUAGGGUGGUAAAUGUCUGUGCCAUUUUACUUAAUUUAGGCAUACAAACAUAUGUAUAAAUAAAUAUUAUUGCGGUUCAAUUUAGGAUGAUAUUUUAAAAUAAUUAUUAAAGUUACUGAAACUAUCUGCUGCUUUUGCUGAUUAUCGAUUUGUAUAGCAGCAAAUGGUAGUAAAAUUUGCAUUUAAUGCGCAGAAUAUUGUUUAAAUUUAGACUUAGGUUUUAAAAUGUCCUUACUUGUGUAAGAUUAAAACUGUAAGUGUUGUGUAAAGUUCACUAAAACAUUUGCUAGACAAGCAAGUUGCAAAAAAAAAAUUUUUAAGUUAGGAAAAUUGUAAAAAACUAACACAUCAGCAAAAAAUUAAUUUCAACAAAACAAAAAAAAAAAAAACGAAAAGCCGCCAUUAACUUUAGCGACUAAAAUUUAUAUUUUUAUGUAAAUUUUGUUUAACAACGAUUAUUUAACUUUUCAUUUUUUUUAUAUAUUAAAGUAAUUGGCGUUUAUUUUAUUUCAGUUUUUGUUUUGAUUUUAUUUUAAUUAAUUUUAUUUUAUUUUUAUUUUACUGUUUUAUUUUAUUCAUUAUACCAUAAUUUAUUUUUUAUUAUAUUUUUAUUUUAUUUAUUUAUUAAAUCUUCAUUUAAUUGGAGUAUUUUAAAAAAAUUUCUUAGUAUUUGUUUUUACAUAUGAUGACAUCAUUUUUUUUUAAUUCUUAUUAAAAAUUUUUUAUUAAAUUUUAUUUUAAUUUUUUAACAGUUUUAAAUAGCUUGCUUUUAUUACAUUUUUAUUUUAUUUCUUUUUUUUUUGUUUUUUGUUUAUUAUUACUAUUUAUUUAUUACAUUUUAAUUUCUAUAUGCGAAAUUUAAUUUCAUUAUAUAUUAAAAUAUUUAUCAAAAUUAUUUGCUUUUAGUACUACAUACAUUUAGUUUAAAUUAAAUAUUUUGUUUAAAUAUGUUUUAUAAUUUUCUUUUUGUAAGAAAAAAAUUUUUAUUUAAUGUAUUUUUUUUUAAUUACGACUAAAUUUUUUUAUUAUUUUAUUAUAAUUUUUGUUUAUAUAUUUAUUAAUAGUAAUAAUUUUAAUUUUUUUUUAUCAAAUUUGUUUGCUUUAAUCAUAUUUAUAUUGAAUUUAUAUUCAUAAAUUUUAAUAAUUCUAAUUAAUAUUUUAUAUUUCUUUUAAGGUUCUACAUUUGUUUUUAUUUUUUAUUUUUAUUUCUGUUUUAUAUUUAUAUUAUUUUUUUUAAAUAUUUUUUUAAAUUAUGAUUCAGUUCAAUGUUUUACUUAUCCUUAAAGAAACUUCAACUCUUUUUUAUAUUUUUUUUGUUUUGUAAUUUAUUGUCUUUCUAUUUGCCAUGUAAUUUUUUUUAUUACUCCAUAAAUAGAAUUACUAAGAAGCUCACAACCGAAAACAAAUUUUUUCUGCAAUACUGUUAGAAAUUAAACGACUAAACGAAAACUAAAUUAAAUAGUAAGUUUUAAAAAUCUAAAGGUACACUUUGAUAAUUUGCAUAAAAAAUUUAGAAAAUAAUUUUCACUGUUUGGUGUUAUGUUUUUCACAGUAUUGUAGCAGAAUUUUCUUUACACAAUCUUGUAUUAGCAUAAAUUUUAGACCGGCUAAGUUGGCUUAAGAGCCAGGCCUAUAUAAUAUUUACCUAUUAUAAUUAAUAAUAUAAUACAAUGUAAGCAAAAAUUUAGCAUAAAAAUUGCAUAUUUUGCAAAAAAACAUAAAUAAACUAAAGUAAAUGACAUAUAAUAUAGCAUAACCUAAAAAAAAAAGUCCAAAACUAAUAACCACAAUCGAUUGUAAAUACGUAAAUGUGUGGAAUUUGUAAAUUUUAAACACAUGUUUCUAGCAAUAAAUUCCAUUCACUAUAUUUUAAUAUAUAUAUAUGUACAUAUAUACAUACAUACAUAUAUAUUUAAACAUAUUGUAAGUGCAUAUUUAGGAAAUCGAGCUCGAACUUCUUUUUGUCUUUAACUUAAAGCCGUAAAACAAAUAAUGUUUGUAUAUAAAUCACCCGCUACAAUUGAAUAGGUAUAAUAUAUAUAACGAGUGUUUAUGUAUAAGUGUGCAUGUAUAUCAGAGAAACACUGCUAUAAAGUGUGCGUGCAGAUAUUUUUUUAUAAUGUUCAAUAAAUAUGUGUUUUAUAUCUUAAGUUAUUUCUAAUUUAUUUUGUAUUAGCUAUAUUAUGUAAUUAAUUUCGUAAGGUUCAUUCAAUUGCAAUUGAGGUGACAAAAGUUGUGAAAUAUAUAAAUAUAUAUAAAUUUGUAAAUAUUUAAUGAAAAUAUGUGUUUCUUAAUUAGUGGGUGUAUGAGGGUUCGAAUUAUUAGUUGAAGUUAAAUUUUUUAAGACCUGAAGUAGGUCAAUGGUAUAACAUAAAAAUGCUUAGUUAAUUAAUUUUGUAACUUAUAUGCAG